UACCCUCUUAGAUUAACAUGUGAGUAGGAUUGGAUGACAAGUUCUCCUUAUAGUUCAACUAUUUGUUUUUCAGUAGUUUAUUCUGCUUGUGUUGCUUGUUCGGAAAACAAUAAGAUCACCCCCUCAAACUUCUGUUUUUGGUGAGGAAUCUGUAGCAGAAAUCUGAUUAAAACCAGCGAGAGACGGUGAAUUUCAUGCAGUCUAAUGGAGCAACAACAAUCUCAACCAAUGACCGGCAAAAUUAUUGUGCAGCCCUCUUCUCUAACUGCAUCAAAACCAAGAAUCUCAAGCUGGGGAGAGCUCUGCACUCCCACCUUAUCAAAACAGCUUUGCUUCUUGAUACAUUUUUUGCCAACCGCCUUAUACAAAUGUACUCCAAAUGCAACUCCAUGGACUAUGCCCAGAAAGCCUUUGAUGAGCUCCCGUUCAAGAACACCCACUCGUGGAACAUAAUGAUUUAUGUGCAUUGUCAAAUGGGGAGUUUCGGAAAAGCCCGCCGCUUGCUUGAUGAAAUGCCUGAACCAAAUCUGGUUAGCUAUAAUUCAAUCAUCUCCAGCUUUGGUCGAAGCGGGUUUUACAAGGAAGCAAUAAGUGUGUUCAAAGGAAUGCAGAAAUGGAGUCAGGGAGAUGUGUUAAUAGAUGAGUUCACUUUUGUUAGUUUGACGAAUGCCUGUGCUAGCUUGGCUGCUUUGGACUUGUUGCACCAAGUACAUGGGGUUGCUAUAGUGAUGGGUUUGGAUUUUAAUGUGGUAGUAUGCAAUGCUCUGGUUGAUGCUUAUGGGAAAUGUGGUGUGCCUGAGAGUUCUUACUGGAUUUUCAGUAGAAUGGAAGAAAAAGAUGUCGUUUCAUGGACUUCAAUGGUGGUGGCUUAUGCCAGUGCCUCUAGACUGGAAGAUGCUUGUCUGAUUUUUAAUCAAAUGCCAGUUAGGAAUGCUGUUUCUUGGACUGCUUUGAUCAAAGGUUCGGUACAAAAUGGGAAUGGAGAAAGAGCUUUGUCCCUUUUCAGGAAAAUGCAGAACGAAGAGGUAAUAGCUAAUGAUAUUACUUAUGUUAGUGUUCUAAGUGCUUGUGCUGAUUUAGCCCUCAUUGGAAUGGGGAAGCAAAUCCAUUGCCGCAUCAUUAGAAUUCGAAACAGCAGUAUCUUUGAUAACGUGUUUGUAGUUAAUGCUCUAAUUGACAUGUACAGCAAGAGUGGUAACAUGAUAUCUUCAAUGAUCUUGUUUGAGAGACUCCAAGAGAAAGACAUCAUCACUUGGAAUUCAGUAAUAACUGGUUUUGCUCAAAAUGGGCAUGGAGCAGCAUCACUUUCCGUCUUUCAGAAGAUGAUACAAGAAAAUGUAAGACCAAAUGAUGUGACAUUUAUCGGUGUAUUGUCAGCUUGUAGUCACUCAGGUUUAGAAUCUGAAGCACUCCGGUUCCUAGACAUGAUGAAAAAGAAGUUUGGUUUGAUCCCACGACCAGAUCACUAUGCAAUUUUGGUCGAUUUACUUGGACGAAAAGAUAGACUUAAAGAAGCAUUAGAGGUGAUUGAGAAGGCUCCUUCUGAUUCUGAUCAUAUCGGGAUGUGGGGUGCUGUUCUGGCCACUUGUCGCGUCCAUGGCAACUUGGAACUCGCCAAAAGAGCAGCAGAAGUUCUGUUUGAGCUUGAACCUAAAAAUACAGGAAGAUAUGUUAUGCUAUCCAACAUUUAUGCUACAGCUGGUAGGUGGGACGAUGCCCACCGAAUUAGAAGGCUUAUUGACAACAUGGAUCUAAAGAAAGAAGCAGGGUCUAGUUGGAUUGAGGUAAAGAAUGCAAGACAUAUGUUUGUAGCUGAAGACAUGUUCCAAUCCCAUGUAGAAGAUAUAAAAGAAUUACUUCUUAAUCUUGUAAACCAAAUGAAGGAUGUCGGAUACAUGCACAUUGAAGACCCAUUUUAUUUGGAAAACGAUGGAGUGCCUUGA